AUGUUUAGCCUACAGUUGGAUUGGAACAACAUUGGUAAUUCAGUUGAAGCAUUUGCCCAACUAUGUAAUUGUUUAAUGUCAAAUAUUAUAUUAAACACACUAAAUUUAGCGAAUAAUAACUUAUGUGAAACAUGUGGUUUUCAUUUAGCUAAACUGUUAAGCAUUAAUAAAUAUUUAAAGAAUAUUGGUAAAUAUUAUCUAAUUAUUUGAACAAUUUAAACUAGGUUAUAUUAUUUGAAAUUAUAAUGAAAUAAACAUUAUUUUUCAGAUUUAAGUUGGAAUAGUAUAGGUGAAGCAGGGGCAACAUCAUUAUUUAAAUCAUUAAAGGAAAAUUAUGUUCUUUUAGAAUUAAAUAUUCAAGGUAAUUCUAUAUCUGCGGACACGUGUGCUAUGAUAGGUAUGCUAAAAAAAAAAGUUAGGUAUAUAAGAAGGUACCUAAACUUUGUGUGCAUUUAUUUUUACCAAUUAGUUAGAAAUUUUUGUUUCUUUUUAUAAUGGCCAACAAAAAAUUAAAUAAUUAAUUUAUAUAUUAUAAAAUCACAUUAAUUAGUUAGAUGAACAUGCACUUAAUAAAUAUUGUUUUGAGUUUGUUAUAAAUAAUAUUAUUUUUAGUUGAACAAUUACAACAAAAUAAGUCUAAUGAAAUCAAUCAACAAGAUUUUCAAAACAGAAACUCAAGUAUUUUAAAACAUGUAAUUUCAGUAGAUACAAAUUAUCAAACACAAAUAAAUUGUUUAAAAAAUGAAUAUCAAAACCAUAUUGAGUAAAAAUUAUUUGUAUUUAUAUAUAAUUAAAGGUAUUACUCUAGCAUGUUAAAUUGUAUAGUGAGCUGCAAACAAGAUUACAUAUUUUUCAAGUGAAAAAUGAACAGCAAAAACAAGAACUUGAAGAAUUAAAAAUUAGUUGUUUACAAGAAAACAAAUGUAAAACAAUGAUUUGUAAAAAAGUUGAGAAGAUGAAAUCUGAACUAUUAUUAAAAACACAAAGUUUAAAUUCAAUAGUAAAAAAAAUAAGCAAUGAUGAACUAUCUAAUUCUGAUGAUGAAACAAUGAAUUCUCUAGAGGUUUUGUUUAAUGUUUUCAAAUUAUAUAAGGAAUUCAUUAAUACACAUUUUUUUUUCCUAAUCUAGGAUUUUGAAAAAAUCGAUUUUAUUAUUGCAAAAAUUAAAAAAAAAUAUACCGAUAAAAUGUUAAAAGAAACCAAAGUACAUAAACGGUUAUUAGAUGCUUUACCGAAGUUAAAAGAUGAACUAAAUGAAAUUAAAGCAGAACUUAAUAACACAAAAGCUUCAACAGAAAUUGAAAUACAGAAUUAUUUUGGUUACAACCAUUACCUAUUAAUUUGAAUAACUUGCUUAAACUAUUGUUAAAUACACUAAAUAAUAUUUUAUUUGCUUUUAAUUUCAGAUAAGUUGAAAGCCUACAAAAAGUUACUUCUUAAUAAUAUGUAUCAUCUUAAAAUAACACAAAAAAUUAACAAUGAUUUGUUUAUGAAGAAUUUACAUCAACAGGACGAAAUAAAUACGGCUGAUCAGGUUUUAUAUAAUAAUAUAUAUAUAAAUGCAAUCGACUCGUGAUAUAUUAAAUCAAUAAUUGUUCCAUUGAAAAUCUCGAGAUGUAACAAAUAAUUAAAUGUAUUUUAGUCUUCUUGAUAUAACUGAAGUUUUUUUGGCCAAAGCUCUCGCUAUGUAACAAAUUUUUAUAAUUUCGGAACUUGAUAUUAUGAAUUUCAAUAUUCGCUAUAUAUACUUUAAAUGUACAGACCUUUUUUCUUGGUCCCUUGAAAUUCGUUAUAUCGUGAGUUGGCUGUAUAUAUAUACCUAUAUAUGUACAUAUUUGAUUUAUUUAAUAAAUUUAUUUAUUUUAUAUUCUUAUACUAUAGACAAAAAUAUUGGUUUUAUUAGAUGAAAAAAUAAAAGCUUUAUUUAAAGAUAAAUCCGACUUAGAAAUUAAACUAGCAAAAUUAGAAACACAAUCUACAGUUGACGUUCAGACAGUUCAAGCACUUGAAAAUAGUUUAAUGUUGGCAAAUGAAGAAUUGAAAAAGUUCAAUGAAAAACAACUAGUUAACAAAGUUGCUCAAAAGUUGAACGAACAAUUGCAUAACAAUACUUUUGUUAAAGAAGUAGAAACUUUAAAAACGAAUCUAAAUGAAAAAGAUAGUCUGUUAAAACUUUCUGAAGAAGAAAAUCAUAAACUUAAUAUCAAAUACACAACUGAAGUAUCUAGACUUCAGUCACAGUUACAGUGUGAGAAAGAUAAAUUUAAAGAAAUAAAGUAAUUAUGAUUAUUAAAAAUAUAUUUUUGUUCUAGUUAAAUUAUAUGUGGUUUGAUCACAUGAUUAGAGUAAUUUAGAUAUAUCUUAAUUUGUUGGUUAAACCACAGAACAGGUUAAAUUAUUUCAAAUUCAAUUAAGAAAUAUUAAAAAUCCAAUGUUAAUAUAAACCAAAUUUAACAUAUUUACAAAUUUAAUAUAUUAUAGAACAUUAUAUUAGUUUUAUUGAUGUCACUUGAACUUUUUUUUUUUAACUUAUAAUUCUAUUGUUAAUAUCUAUAAUUUAUCAAGUAAAAAAUUAACCUUUCAUUUUUAUUUAAUAGGAAAGAAAAUCAAAGACAAGUCGAAGAAUUGUAUUUAAUGUUUACACAAUAUGUUAAUAAAUUAAAAAAUAAUAAUUUUGAAGACGAAAAAUGUUAA